GUAACAGAAUACGAAAAACAGAAGACAAUGAAAGCACAAUUCCUCGAAUUCAAAGAAAAUCAAAAUCAAUGUCUGAUAAACAUAAACCUCUUGCAUAUAAAAUUUGAUGCAAUUUCUGAGUCAUUGUCUUCAUUGAUGAAAAAUGUUUCAAACACGAAUGUAAAACCCACAAGCUUUUCAUGUGAGCCAAUACCAAUAUUAAAGUUACUUCCUAUGGAUUCGGAAGGGUUAAUUCAAGGCGAAGAGUGGUUACAAACCGAACAAAAUAGACAGAACUUGGUGGUAGAAUUGAGCAAAAUUGGCGGGCCAACCCCAAAGGAGGUUAUGAAGCGGGUCAUGUAUCGAUUGUUUGAAAAUUCCUUAGGCAUGGAGUACUCCUGGGAAGGCAAAAAAAAAGAAAAAAAGUUUUUAAAUCACUUUCUAUUUCUUCAGUAAUCAUAGAUUGAGCCGUCUUCAGAUAUUCGAAUACAAUAAUGAACACAAUAAUAUGAAAAAAGAUGAACAAG